AUGGCUGUCCCUCCAAGUUUCGACUCAGAUUGUCCGGUGCAUAGAUUCCGCUGCCUCGUUACAGGUGAUCAGUGGCUUGCAAGGCCGGUUCUUGAUCCCCAUGGAUGGGAUCAUGAUGUGGGAUUUGAUGGUAUCAACCUCGAGACUGCUGCUAAAAUAAAGGAAAAUGUUGUUGCUUGUGUUACAGGACAAAUGAGCAAGGACAAGCAAGAUUUCAGUAUUCAGUCAGAAUCAACUGCAGCUUUUAUUGAUCCUAGAGGCUCCAUUUACAGUGUGGGUCUUGAUGUUCAAUCUGCUGGGAAAGAAUUGGUCUGCACAAUUCGCAGCAACACAAAACUGAAAAACUUGAAGAACAAUGUUACUGAAUGUGGUGUUUCAGUGACAUCUUUUGCAGAUAAAUAUUAUUUUGGUACUAAAAUCGAGGACAGCUUCUCAAUAGGGAGGCGACUGGUAUUUGCAAUAGAUGCUGGACGGAUGGGAGGAAAUGGACAAGUGGCUUAUGGUGGAAGUGUCAAAACUACUUUAAGAGGGAAAGACUACCCUGUGAGAAACGAGGAGGUCAGUCUCUCAAUGACAUUCCACUCAUUUAACAAAGAGACAGUUUUGGGUGGCAAUUUACAGUCUCACUUCAGAUUGAGCCGAUGUACAACAAUGUCACUGGAUGCCAAUUUGAAUAGCCGAAAAAUGGGCCAGGUUUCUAUAAAGGUCAAUAGCUCUGAGCACGUGCAAAUAGGUUUGGUUGCAGUUGUCUCCAUUUUGAGAGCCCUUUUGCGGAAAAAGCCUGUUGAUGAUCUUCAAAGUAGAAAAGCUCUUGAAAGAUGA